AUGCGUUUGAUACAGACCCGCCACCUCCUCCCCAACGGCCUCAAGAAGUUCUUGGUCACCAACGUCCGGGACGUUGACAUGCUCUUGAUGCACAACAAAAGCUUCGCAGCGGAGAUCGCGCACAACGUGAGCAGCCGCAACCGGACACUGAUCCUUGAGAGAUCGACACAUGCGGACUCCUGGUACACCGGUAACCAGUCUCAGUUGGAUCAAGAGCUCACAGGCUGGUUGGCGGGGGUGACGCCUGCACCCGAAGACAAUUUCAAGCCUCCAAUCUCCGGGACAAAGGCUAUAAUCGCGCCUCAUGCCGGAUACUCUUACUCGGGUGCCGCGGCCGCGUGGGCGUACAAGAGUAUAGAUGUUACAGGGAUAAAGCGGGUGUUCAUCUUGGGCCCUUCACACCACGUCUACCUAGACGGUUGCGCUCUCUCGCGAUGCUCUCAAUACGAAACGCCGCUUGGUGGGCUCCCUAUAGACACAGAUACGAUGAACGAGCUAAAGAAGAUCGGUCGUUUCACCGAAAUGUCGCUCGAAACCGAUGAAGACGAGCAUAGCAUCGAAAUGCAUUUACCCUACAUCCGCAAGGUUUUCGAAGGGCAGGACAUCAAAGUGGUGCCUAUCCUUGUGGGCGCGAUCAGCUACGAGAAGGAGGUGUCGUACGGCCAGCUCCUUGCUCCAUACUUGGCCCGCGAAGACACGAUCUUUGUAAUCUCUAGUGACUUCUGCCACUGGGGUCUGAGAUUCCAGUAUACUUUUUAUUACCCUCGCCCUCCGCCCACGACCGCUAUACGGCUCUCGCGCUCUGACAUAUCGCCGGCGAGUAUGAAGGAGCACCCCAUUCAUGAAUCCAUCUCGGCUUUGGACCACGAAGCUAUGGAGCUCCUUACGAUGCCUCCCUUCCGGGCGGGCCAAGCCCAUCAAAUGUUCGCCGAUUACUUGGCGAGGACGAAGAAUACGAUCUGCGGACGGCACCCCAUAGGAUGGGUGCGGUACGAACAAAGCAGUCCCUGUAUGACCAUCAAGGAUUCCAGUGUCAGUUACGCUAGCGCAUAUGUGACGUUCUAG